GUAACCGCCCCCCCUCCCUCUCUCUCUCUCUCCUCUCUGAGGAUCCAAUUCAGUAAUGGCGGCCAAGCUAGGCUCCUUCCGAAACGGACUCAUCGAGAAACGCGAGCGGCUUCUCUCCACCUCCGAUCUGAGAUUCAGCGACAUCGAGUCCAACGAUCUUCUCGAAGACGAGAAUCACGGAACGAGACGGUUAUGCUGCUGCUGUUCGUGCGGUUACCUAACCGGUAAAAUCUCGGGAGUGUAUGAGGACGCUAAAGAUGUGGCGCGGAAGGCGUGGGCGAUGGGGGUAUCUGAUCCGAGGAAGAUUGUUUUCUCCGCGAAGAUUGGGCUUGCUUUGACGAUUGUUGCGGUUUUGAUUUUCUUCCAGGAGCCUAAUCCGGAUCUCAGCCGUUACUCCGUCUGGGCUAUUCUAACUGUCGUCGUCGUCUUCGAAUUUACAAUUGGGGCAACACUAAGCAAAGGGUUUAAUAGAGCGCUUGGGACAUUAUCAGCUGGAGGUCUUGCACUUGGAAUGGCUGAGCUUUCUACACUGGCUGGAGAUUGGGAAGAGCUCUUUUGCACAGUUAGUAUCUUCUGCAUUGGGUUCAUUGCAACUUUUAUGAAACUAUACCCGGCGAUGAAAGCUUAUGAAUAUGGUUUCAGGGUUUUCUUGCUUACCUAUUGCUACAUUCUCAUCUCUGGGUUCAGAACAGGACAGUUUAUUGAAGUGGCUAUCUCUCGGUUUCUACUUAUAGCUCUUGGUGCUGGUGUUAGUUUAGCGGUUAAUAUGUUUAUCUAUCCUAUAUGGGCUGGAGAGGAUCUUCAUAACCUAGUUGUCAAGAAUUUCAUGAAUGUAGCGACUUCUCUUGAAGGUUGUGUGAAUGGAUACCUCCGCUGUGUUGAAUACGAGAGAGUCCCAUCCAAAAUCGCCACUUACCAAGCCUCCGAGGAUCCAGUUUACAAGGGUUACAGAUCAGCUAUCGAGUCUACUAGCCAAGAAGAGUCUCUGAUGAGCUUUGCAAUAUGGGAGCCGCCUCACGGACCUUACAGGUCAUUUAACUACCCAUGGCAAAACUAUGUCAAGCUCAGUGGCGCUCUCAAGCAUUGUGCAUUCACUGUGAUGGCAUUACACGGCUGCAUUCUCUCAGAAAUCCAGGCACCUGAAGAAAGGAGACAAGUUUUCCGGCAAGAGCUUCAGAGAGUUGGCGUAGAAGGAGCCAGAUUGUUAAGAGAGCUCGGCGAAAAGGUGAAGAAGAUGGAGAAGCUAGGACCAGACGACAUGCUCUUCGAAGUACACGUAGCUGCCGAAGAAUUACAGCACAAGAUCGACAAGAAGUCUUACCUUCUCGUCAACUCCGAACGCUGGGAGAUUGGGAACAGAUCACGGUCAGAGCCUCAAGACCUUCUCUCCCUCGACGAUUCAGAGAACCUCCCCCAGGCUCCAAUCUACGCCUUCAAGUCCCAAAGCGAGGCGGUUCUUGAGAUACCCAAGAGCUGGGGAGAGAAGAAUCACCGUGAGCCGUUGAAUCAUAGACCUACUUUCUCGAAACAGGUUUCUUGGCCUGCACGGCUUGUGCUUCCGACGCAUAUGGAGACGACUAACGGGAACUACCAGCUGAUGGAGACGACGGAGACGUACGAGAGCGCGAGUGCCUUGUCUUUGGCCACGUUCGCGUCUCUCCUCAUAGAGUUUGUCGCGAGGUUGCAGACAGUGGUUAAUGCGUUCGAGGAGUUGAGCUUGAAAGCUAAUUUCAAGGAGCCAGAGUUAGUGACGUCGGAGACGGAUUUAGAGUUGGACGGAGAGAGAGUCGGACUUGGUCGGAGGAUACGCCGGUGUUUCGGUGUGUAAGGUUUUUUUUUUUCCUUCAAAAUUUGCAUCGGCGUUUUACUUAAACGCGCGAGAGAGAAUAGUUAAGCUGUUAAUUGUAAACUAAGUAACCCAACCAAUACAACUAAACUAGUUAAUGUUAUCAUAAAGAGAGGCGUUUUUAACCCUUUAUUAUCAUAAACUGUGCAUGUAUUUCGGGUUGUAACAUUUUUAUGGACA